UACCAGAGCAGAUCGGUACUGAGCUGUCAGGAGCGUGAGCUGUGAAAUUUCCUUUCUUUCCUAUCCAAUGUGCAAGUUGCAAAAGUUUUGUGUCAAUGAAACAAAUUAAUCACACAGAUUCGAAGCAGAAAUUGUUGAAGCAAGCAAGAUUGGGAAAACACCUGUCAUCGAAAAAAGGAUCUCGCACCGGAAACUCGGCUAACAACAAGGAACUUAAAGUACUCACCCUGUUACAAACUGUACCGUGAACUUUGACCUCUCUACGCAGCUCUCUCUAAGCGCAGCUUUGUGUAAUCGGCAGAAAA